UUAUGAAAACAUAGCUUAGAGUCCUGGAUAUCGAUUGUUGAAAACCGCACGUUAAUAUCUGGAGUUGUUCAUGACGUAUAAAUAAAUUUAACUCAAACAAAAAUCGGGAAUGAAUGGGUUAAUAUUCGAGGGAGGAGGACAGAUCAGACAUUCGGCGAUAUCAACAGGGGCUAGAAGCGAACAGGGGAAAGAAACUUUUCUGAGAAAAUGCAAGUUCUCGAUCCAUAAAAAGGUAUUUUCAGCCACCAAAACAGGCAGUUUUGGCAGUCCACUUCGCCGGUCCAACAGGUACUUUCUCGUAGGGAUUAUGAGAGCUUCCCGAAAGGGAGGAAGGCUUAGAGUCCUGGAUAUCGAUUGUUGAAAACCGCACGUUAAUAUCUGGAGUUGUUCAUGACGUAUAAAUAAAUUUAACUCAAACAAAAUUCGGGAAUGAACGGGUCAAGUUAGAUAAAAAAACCUUAUUCCAUGCAGUCUUUCAUUGUUUAGAGCCAAAUCAAGAUACUAAAGCUUUGACCAGUGAACUUGAAAUAGUUAAAAAACGUUUGGCUAAAUUAGAAAAAAUAUAUGGUGUUUUUAAAAAAAGUCAAAGUACAGUGUCGACUGCAUCUAGCUCAAACGUUGUUGCUGAUGAAAGUACAUUCGAAGAACUGUCGGAACAAGUCAAGGCUGCAUUUGAAGUUGAUCCAAAAACAAUUAAAGCUCCUCUACAUCGUCCAACAAUGAUCAUUCGAGAGUUGUACAAAAAAACUGGAAAAGAUUUAAAGCAAUGGGAACAACUUAUAAUGCCAAAUCAAGCUUUGUUGAAAAAAUAUAUUCAACAAAAAUGUUUAAUCGUCGACGAAGACAUUGGCAACAUAUGGGCUGCUGUUAUUAAAUCAAUGGAUCAGUUUCAAUACGAUGCAGUGAAAUAUUCGAGAUUAUCAAAAACUUCACCGAAAUCCUCAACAAUCAUACCAUCAGCAAAAACUACUGAUCCUGUCACACUUCCGACACCAGUAGCACUAUUAGUCACUCAAGAAACGUUAGCUGAAACACCUCGGGAAGCUCCACCCGAAUAA